UCCCGUCACGUUGUCCGUUCAACUUUCAACUAACUUAAUUAAGCUCGAAGCUUUCUCGUUGUUUCAUGUCUCAGUGAACAAUAUUUAGUGAAGUUUAAAGUUGUUUGGUUAUUUUUUGUUUGGUUUGUUAUUGAGUUUAAGAUUAACAAGAAACAACAUUUUCAAAAACCGACAAAAGGGAUGGUUUAAAAAUAAUUUUCUUUUUUCAACUUCGACCAUGUUCCAUACAAGUGGCGGCGGUGGAGGAUACAGCGACGGUAACGCAGGAUUCCAUCAGCAUCUGCAACAAUCUCCUGUUUACGUUCCAAGCAGUAGAGCAGUGCCCCAAUAUCCUUCUCCAGCGAGUGGACAUUUUGGGGCUGCUGCUCAUCAGAGUAGUUGGGCGCACGCUGGUGGAACUUACGGUGAAAUGGCAGCCCCAUCUGCACACACUUUGGGGACUUCACCACACGCUGGAGCUUUAUCAGCGGGCCAAUUUUAUGCCCAGAAUAUGAUGAUGAGUUCGUGGAGGGCUUAUGAUGGGGCUGGAUUCCAACGGACGUCUCCAUACGACGGAAGCAUGGAGUUUCAGUUCGGCGAAGGGCGUGAGUGUGUAAAUUGCGGGGCUAUUUCGACUCCAUUAUGGCGUCGCGACGGCACGGGACACUAUUUGUGCAAUGCUUGUGGACUUUACCACAAAAUGAACGGCAUGAACCGACCACUAAUAAAACCUUCGAAAAGAUUGGAUUUUUCAUUCCAGACGGCAACCAGGAGAUUAGGGCUGUGUUGUACAAAUUGCGGGACGCGAACGACGACAUUAUGGCGUCGCAACAACGACGGUGAACCUGUUUGUAACGCCUGCGGAUUAUACUUCAAAUUACACGGCGUGAAUCGACCUUUAGCGAUGAGGAAGGAUGGAAUACAAACGCGCAAACGCAAACCGAAGAAACCGGUUGGUGGGGAACGUGAUGAUAGUAGCUCCGCCUCUGUUGAAGAAACCAAAUCCUCCAUUGUUCAUCAAUCAUCUCAACAACACUCGUCGCAAUCUCAAUCGCAAACCCAUCACAACCACCAACUCGACAAAUCCUCACCGGUGGAACGUCCAUAUCUGGGUCAAACCUCCCUCUUACCUGCCACAAGUACAAGUGCCAUCAAAAGUGAGCCCGGUUACGAAUACAGUUGUAUACAAAACCAGCCGUCGUAUCCUUACCAACAAAUCUUUGGAUUUCCUGGUUCAACCAACAGCGGUGGUGAAGUUGCCUACCACCAUCAACAUCACGUCACAGCUGCUGCCAAACUAAUGGCUUCGUCUUAGUCGAUAUUAGAGUUAUGUAUCGGUAAAUGUUGUUAGUAUUUUUAUGGACUUUGUUAACGCUUUGAAACAACAAAUUUUGCUUAAGCCUUAUGAAUACUCAGGUCAAAACUUUAGAAAUGACGAAAAUUUUGAAAAAUUGAUUAAUAGUGAAACGAGUAACAACAGUGCUUGUUGAGUGACAGUUGAAUUGUAUGUUCGUGAUCACGAAAAACUUAGUGAAUUUAUUUAUGUGAUCGUAGAAAUAGUUGUGUAUUUAUUGAUUUUAUAGAAACUGUUUAAAUUAUUGUAUCCACCUAGUUAUUGUUAUAAGCCAUCGCUAUAUUUCUAUUUAAUGACAAUUUCAUUAAUUUAUACAUAUUAUUAACCAGUUAAGGAUUAAAUGUAAUUCCAGGACAACAACAGUAUUUUGGCCAAAUUUAAAUCGACUGAAUGUUUUUCGAUUUUUUUAUUAUAAGUGCAAUGCUAAAUGUUUAGGUAAUUAAAUAACAUUGUUUGCUUUAUUAGAUUAAAAAAGUAAUGUUGAAAUUUAAAAUUGUCAUGUGUUUAAAAUAUUCAAGCUCAUAUUGAGCCAUUUACAAGACUACAAUUAAAUAAUACCAAGUGACUAAAUGAUUGUGACAAAAAAUAUAUUGGCAACACUGAAUUAGUCUAGUCUGUAAUAUCAGAUUGUUUCAUGUGACGGCUACGCCAGUGGCUGCCCUUCAAAAACAAAUGACAAUUGACUAUAAAAUUGUGACAUUUAAAUUUGAUAGUCAAUGUUGUUAAAUUAAAAUUUCUAAUUUGUUGCCAAUGUGCCGAAAAAAAUCACAGUUAUUGACAGUCAGUAGAAAACUUUUACUUUGUCAGUUUUUUUGUGUGCUGUAAAUAUUGACAUAGUUUGGUGGUUUACCGUACUAAAAACUUUUCCAAAAAAUUGUAAUUCGCACUGUUUUAAAAUAAAUAAUUGUAAAUAUGUGCGUCUGUUUAGUGUUAAAAAAUGAAAGUGUAAAUAUUACUUUUAUUAUUAAAUUGUAUUAGUAAAGUAUAAUAAACAUGUGA